UCCUUGGGCUGGGAGGGGAGGUGACUCGGGUGGCGGCGGCCGAAGAGGACGACGCAGGAUGAGGGCCCUGCGGAUGUCCCAGGCGCUGAUCCGCUCCUUCGGCUCAACAUCCCGGAACCACUUUGAGAACCGAGUUGCAGAGAAGCAGAAAAUCUUCCAGGCCAACAAUGACCUCCCGGUGCACUUGAAGGGCGGUGGGAUUGACAACCUUCUCUACCGGCUGACUAUGGCCCUGACUCUGGGAGGUACUGUCUACAGCUUGUACUGCCUCGGCUGGGCCUCCUUCCCCCACAAGAAGUGAGACCAGGAAGUGUGGAACACCUGGGAGAUUUAACCAUUAAUAAAUGUGCUGGCUUCCUGGGGAA